GUUCUAUCUGAGCCUCAGCUGAUGGUCAGCAGCUGCGCAGGCUUGAGGAAGGUACAUGAACCCCUCGAACUACUCUCUGGAGUAACAAUCUGAAGACGGGAACUGGGCUUCAAGAAGACAACUGACAGAAUUUGGAAAGCUCUUGCUUCUGAACAACAUGCCUUUCAAGUAAAUACACAUGAAGCUGUAUUUGAAAGAGGCAAAACAAGUUAGCCCCAGUCCUGGAGUCUGUUUUCUGUUUUCAUCCUGUUUUGUCUUUCUAGUCUUAAACUGAGCCAUGGCAUCAGCAAAGUACAUCCCUGAUGAGACUCAGCUAAGAAGCAGAAGGAGGCACGAUCUCCAGGAGAUGCUGACAGAAGUGGGACUGUCUGUUGACUACUGGCUGCCUAAGCAUCAGGAAGAGCUGGGUGUGACCUCUGCUCAGGCUUUACACUAUUUAGACAAAAGAGACCUCCAGACACAACAAACAUGGGAGAAAAGGGCUCUGGAGAGACUGCUUGACCUCUCACACCCAAAUAGUGUUGCAGAGCUGCACGAGACACCAGAGGAGAUGAUAAAGACCAGGCAGAGGCAGGCAGGACAGGCACUGCACGCUCUGAAAGCCUUGCAGUCAGAAGGGAAGUGCAGAGAAGAAGAGGCAGUGAGGAGAAGAGAAGCAGAGCUGAGGCAAGCAAUGGAGAUCCCUGAGGAGUGUUGGCCAGUGGCUGAAGUAUCCCUAAAAGACAUCACUGAGAUAAUGGAGAAACAUCUCAGUCACAUGGAACAGACCUUGGCUCUCAGUCAAAACCUCUCAGAUGGAGACCUGGUAAGAUGGGCAUCUGGAGGGCUGGCCCUGCAGGGAAUUUAUAAGAGCAGCCACCAAAAAAGCCUGAUUCAGAAGAGAGAAGAGCUACUCAGUGUCCCUAAGCAGUUCUCACUUGUUGGCCCAGAACGUGGCAUGUGGAUAGAAACAAAGGAAUUUUCAUCUUUUCAAGAACAAGCCACAUUUACACACACUAUAGAGAUGCUGGGUUUCAGCCCAAACUCCUUGGUUAAAGGCGAAGGUUGGGGACUUAGUCUAGAAGCUGGUAUGGGUCAAAACAAACAAACAGAAACUGACGAUACCCACAAAUCACAUUCAGAGCAAUCUUAUUUCUGCUCAGCCAAGUUCAGCUAUGUCCCAUUGGCCACCUGCCAUUUUCACAUCAAUCAUCUUCAGCUCUCCAAGGCUGCUCUCCAGGAACUAAAAAGUAUUGAAGAGCUCCUGGAACAGACUACACACCCAGAUGGAUUCCCCUUACUGAGGCACAGGACUGAAAACUUUUUCCACAGGUUUGGCUCUCAUGCUAACCAAGGUCCACUGCACCUGGGGGGAAUCUACUGCUGGAAAGCCAUUUCAGAAGGUUUCAAAAGUGAGCAAUUGGAUGAUGUAAAGAAGCAAGCAGAAGAGUCUUUGAAUAUGUACAUAAAAGGCAGCUAUAGUGGCUUCGGAGUUAAAGUUGGUGCAAGUGUAAAUAUGUCAGACUCACAUUCAAAAACAGCAUCUCAGAGUACAACUCAUGAGAACCUGAAAACCAAGGUGCAACUAUCUGUAGCACAGACAGGUGGACCAGCAGAAGCAAAUGGAAUUGCCCAGUGGACAGCUGGUCUUGUAGCUAGCAAUCAAACCUGGUCUGUCAUUGAUAGGGGACUCCAAUUGGUACCUAUUUGGGACAUCAUCCUGUCCAGUCACAGGACUGAUUUUAAGGAUGCCCUUCAAGUGGCUAACUGCCUAAAAGACAACUACACUGCUCUGACUGGACUCGCUGCCCAGAUUCAAGAAGGAGAAGAAUUUCUUACUGCUAGAGAAGAAGCUAGACUUUUCCUAGAGGAUGUGAAAUGCUGGGAGGUUUCUGAUCCUGAAGAACAGCUUAAUACAUUAAUACAUUUUAUGCAAACAUUGAGUCAAAAAAUAAAAAGUUAUACCAUUUGGAUUAAUACAUGCCUCACAGAUUGGAAUCUGCAGAAUUUUCUAAUAAGUAUUGUCAACUUCUGCAAAAAUGUACCCACUAAUAUAAUUCAGUUUAUUAAAUCUCAAUUGUGCAGCCUUCUAGAACCUCAUGUCUACAAAGUGACAAACUUUCCCGGGGCACAAUACAUCAUAGAGUGGACCAAUCAGUCAGAGUCAAAGGAAGAGGACAUCAAAAUCACCUCAUUUUCUGAAUUCAUUAGGACUUUAAAGAAAACUCACACAACCCUGAUGGAGGUAAAUUUCAAAAGUGAGUCUCCAGAAACAGUGGAAGAAGCAAAAAGAACGGCUACAUAUGAGGUCACCACAGCCCUCAGCUCCUUCAUGAAGUACCUCAGAGAAACAGAGCAGCCAGACAUGCAGCUGCUGGUACUCACCAUUGCAGCUGGUGCAGGCUAUCAGUUGGUAAACAGCAUUUUUCAGCAUCUUCUAGGGUGUAAUGAGUUAAACUUCCUCGUGGAUCAAAUGCAAAGUAAUCAACACAAAUACCAAGAGCUUAAAAAUAUUUGCAAUUACAGAGCCCAGGCAUUCCUGGUGCUCACAGCUCUAAGAACCACAGUUGAAAUCACAGAUAUUUCUACAGAUGAUAAAGAACAACGUUUGACAUUAAUAAAACAACAUAUGGGAAAACUGUUGUCUGAAGAAGUUGCACAUAUUCUUACAAAACAUGGAGCACAUCAUGACUGGGAAAAUCUGGAGAAUGAUUUGAGAUUACUCAUUGAUGGGGACUAUAAAGCCACCACCCCGCCUUUAGAAAUGGAUGAGGUAAAAAAACAAUUGCAAAGUCUCUGCCAUGAAAAGAAGCAGACUUAUAAACAACAAAGUAAUGACAACAACACAAAGGAAAUGAUAGAAAAUGGACCUUUCCUAGAUUUACUCCAACGGCUAGGCCUAGACCAUUACUACCCAAAAAGAAUGAGCAGAGCUGACUUCCAUCUGCUCUACAAGACCUCUGUGUACAAUUCACAGCCGAGAUCUGAAAAGGAACUUCCAUUUUAUUUCCUACAAAAGCUACUGAUGUUGGAUUAUGGGUUGAGACAUCUUGUCUUCAAAAAUGAUGAAAACAUAAAAAAACAGAUCUCCAUAGGUUCCGACGAUUACGAAAAUGAAGAUUUUGAUCCAUAUGAAGAUGUCAUUAAAGACAAUGAUAGUCUUAGCUAUCCUUCGGCCACUGAGUCCUGGCCCCAUAUUCACCCAAUGGAUAUCCAGAUGGCCAUUUUUCAUUGUGCAGAUGAUCUUACCAAGCAAUAUAUUUUGUCCAAACUUUCCAUUUGUCAAUAUGCACUUCCCCUUGUGGUGCCAAAUCCCAACAAUUCUCAGAUUGAAUUUUAUCUCUGGUCUCUCAGACAAAUUAGGAAGAGUUGGCAAGAAUCAAGUGAAUCACUACAAGACCAGAGCUACAGUCACAAGAAUCAGCAGAUAUGUCGAGUCUCUACCCCUAUCGUGUCCUUCAUUAGAGUAGGAAAUGGCCUCUCUGCUUCCAAAUCUCAGAUCAUGAACUCUCUCCUCAGUAAACGUAAACAUGAUGUGUUUUUUCACAGACACUGUAGAGGAAGCAACAAAAACUGCCUCAUGAUGGAGGGAGUGGUGGAAAUCUGCUGGUUCUGUCCUGCAGGCCAAGGUGAAGACAUAUUUGACAAGUGUCUGACCUUCACCAAUCUUCAUGGAGAUGCCAAGGAACAUUGCCAACAACUCACCUUCCUGCAAGAUGUCUCUUCCCUCAUUGUGAUCCUCAUGUCAGCUUCUGAUAACAAUAAAGAAAACCAAAACUUUGUCAGACACCUCUGUCAGUCACCAAGACCCUUGAUCUGCUUGAUUGAUGACAAAGAAAAAGUCAUAGCAAAUAAUUCUGGUAAAAGAAUGAGAAUUGGCAUCAAGAAUAGAAAUGAGGCAGAAUUAACAGAGGAGCUCACAAAUGCCAUCAAACAUUUUCUAGAGCUCUCUAAUACUGCUCUCAGUUUAGAGGACUGUUCACAGAUAGCUAGAAAACAAGGAUUCCUUAUUGAUGAAGACCAGAGGGACUGCAAGGAAGCCAAAGAAAAGGCACAGAUUAUGAUGGCCCUCCUGGAGGAAUGCAAGUUAUCUCAGACAAAAGAAAAUUUACUACCCCUACAAGGACAACUUUGGCACCUUUGGUGUAAGAAAGACAAAGAAUUCUAUCAUCUGAGAGAAAAGGGGAAUAGGAGCAUUGAACAACACAAGAGUGAGAUUGAGACAGACAAAAGAACAAUUCGACAUCAGCAAUUGGAAAAAGCCUUUCCCCUCAAUGAUUUGAUGCGCUCUGUUCUUCAACUCCUCCAAGAAUAUUCAGAAACCCAUAACAAUCUCUACUUUUUGCAGUGGCUGACUCUGUUUUUUGACAACCUGACUACAGAACACCUGGAAAAGUUGCACGAAAAGCAGAGAUCUUUGUGGUUAAUGGUGCAAAGAGAAAAGCAAAGAGCACAGAAGAACAGCUCCCUGACACUCUGGCAGGAUCAAAUAGAAACAAUCUCCACUGAGAUUCAUGACUGUACUUUAGGAACUGAGCAUCUUCUCCGAGAAGUUGGCCAGAUCUAUGAAGCUCUGGAAGAAACUUCUUCCUCUAUAGAAAACCUUUCUGUCUGCCUCCCUCAAAUUGCUGCAGAUCUGAUGAUAGCUGGGGUUCCCAUUGAGCUGAUGGAUGGGGAUGCGUCUUAUGUCCCUCUAAAGUGGGUAGCAGCUGUUUUUGACAAGAUCUCAGAGAAAGUUGGAGACAAAAGGCUGUUUGUUCUCUCUGUCCUUGGCCUGCAGAGCUCAGGGAAGUCUACCCUGCUGAAUGCCCUGUUUGGCCUACAGUUCACAGUCAGCGCAGGCAGGUGUACCAAGGGGGCCUACAUGCAACUUCUGAAGGUGGAAGAGACAUUCACAGAAGAACUUGGCUUUGACUUUGUGCUUGUUGUAGACACAGAAGGACUUCGAGCUCCAGAACUAAACAAUAAAUCCAAAAAUUGGGACCAUGAGUUGGCAACCUUUGUGAUUGGCCUUGGAAACUUGACUCUGAUCAAUAUUUUUGGGGAGAAUCCAUCAGAAAUUCAAGACAUCCUACAAAUAUCUGUUCAAGCAUUUCUGAGAAUGAAACAAGUGAAAAUCUCUCCCAGUUGCCUCUUUGUUCAUCAAAAUGUGGGCGAAGUUACUGUAAAAGACCAAACUAUGGAAGGAAGAAGGCGACUGGAGCAAAAACUGGAUGAAAUGACAGCAUUGGCUGCUAAGUUGGAAGAGUGCUCAAACGUAACCCAAUUCAGUGAUGUAAUUAAGUUUGAUGCCAAUACUCAUGUCUACUAUUUUGCUCACCUCUGGGAUGGCAAUCCUCCAAUGGCUCCUCCCAAUCUUCGUUAUAGCUACAAUGUCCAGGAACUAAGGAAUGCUAUUCUUUCAACUGCCCAGCAAGAAUCUAGGGGAAGGAUCUUGAAAAUCUCCAAUGUCAAAUUCCGAGUUCAAGAUCUGUGGAAAGCCCUAGUCACUGAGAACUUCAUUUUCAGUUUCAGGAACACCCAAGAGCUCCUUGCCAUGAGCAAACUGGAAACCAUGUAUAACCACUGGACCUGGGAGCUGAGGAGUCAUGUACUGGAUUUACAGAAUCAGCUGAACAAUCAGAUUCAAAAUGGGAAAAUCUCGACACUCACAUUCAGUUUACUAGAGGAUCCACUUAGCAAGAAAUAUAAAACCAUCAAACAAGAAUUUGACAAAUAUUUUGAAGAAGACCCAGAUAGUGAAACAUUGGUUCAGUGGAAAGCAAAUUUUGAGCAUAAGCUACUAAUCCUUAAAGAUGCACUUAUUUCAGACACCAGAAGGAAAGGCGAUGAAUUUAUCAGUCUUAAGAGAAGCCAGGAAACACUAAAUAAUCAAAAGUCACAAUAUGAAAAUGAAUUGUUAGAGAGAAGCCGAAAGUUAGCUUUAAGUGUGAAUGGUAAGGAAUUAACUGAUGAAGAGUUGUAUGAGAAAUUCAAUCAACUUUGGACAAAUUGGAUCCACAAUGUAUCUUCGAAUGUUCCUCAUGUCACAGAGCCUAACAUUGACUUGGAUUCUGAAAAUAUCCUUCUUGAAUACUUCAAUAAAGAUAAAAAUAUUGGGGAAAGACUAAAAAUAAAGUCUGGAGAAAAUUUUGAAAUCAUUUAUGCCAAACAUAUCCAAAUGAAAAAAAUAUAUGGUGUAUUACCAGAAAGCUUAGAAACCUAUCAUAAGGAAUCUAUCAAUGAGAUUACUAAUAAUAUCGAUUUAAAAGUUACUGAAGCACUGAAAAAUAUUUGGAAACAAAAGCGUGAUUACAGUCAGAAUUAUUUUCAUGAAAUCUUAAGGAUCAUAGAAAAUGAGCUGAAAUCUGAACACUGUGUGAAAGACUACACAUUUACCAGAGAUUACAACAUCGACUUAUCCUUGUGCUUAUUCCAAAGAGCAUCCAAGGAAUUCAAGGAAAUACACGAGGCAUUCAAGAGUGCGAAUGACCCUGUGAACUAUCUGGAGAGAAAGAAAGAUGAUUUCUUUAUGAGUUUUAAGAUCUCCUGCCAGGGUGCCACCUCCAUCACAUCCUUUGUUGACUUCCUAUGGCUCAAGCUCACUCCUGCUAUCUCUGUCACCAUAUGGGAAAUAAUAGGUCCUAAAGUAGCUGGAGACAUGCAAGCCACCUUCCCUGAAUUCAAUGGAAAUAGAGCUAACCUGGAGAGACAUAUUCUCUACUCUCUAGCAGAAGAAGAAAAUUUUGAUAAAUACUGGCAAUACCUUCAUCAUCCAGAAGCAUUUUUCAGGAAUUACAUUAGAGACCACAUUAGAAGAUACUGUUUAGAAAAAAAAGGUAAAAAAAUAAAGACUUUUUUAAAAAUAAGUUUGGGCGACAUCAAGACUGCCAUCCUGUCUGCCAUUCAUGAGUCCACAGCAGUGGCUAAAGAUAAAGGCAGCACUGCAUCUGGCUGGCUGGAUUUGUUCUGUGACCAUCUAGGGAGCAACCUGGUCUUCCCAAGGAGAGACCUGGUAAGCAUCGAGCACCAGGAGAUAACGGACACUGAGUUUCUCAAAGAAGCCAUGAGCACAGCUUUGGAUCCUGCAAUGAGGAAAGUAGAAGAGGACUGUUCAAGUAAGCAAAUGGAUGAAAUCAUUCCUGACAUUGAGAAAAUUCUCUCUGAACAUCUCUGUGGCUGCUGGAAACAGUGUCCUUUUUGUAAAGCAAUUUGUACAAACACCAUUCCUCAACAUGAAGGAGACCACAGUGUGCAAUUCCACCGUCCUCAGGCUGUCAGUGGUUGGCAUAAGCAUAAAACAGACUACUUUGUCAUUGACUGUUGUACCAGUUCAGUAGCAAGUAAUCAUUCAUUUAUUUUACACGACCUCCAGAAAUUCCCAUACAAGAAAUACAGAGAAGCAGGAGGUGAUUUUGCCAUGUGGAGCAUCACCCCAGACUCAUCUACCCAACCAUAUUGGAAAUGGUUUGUCUGUCACUUCAAAUCAGAGCUAGAAAAUAAAUAUGGCAAAAAAUUUAUAAAUCUAGGCAGUAUUCCAGAUUUAUGGACCAAAAUUACAAAGCAAGACGUACUGGAUGACUUGAGAAACAAUACUUGCCACAAAUAUGACACUAGAUGGGCUGCAGAUUUUUCACUUUAACCAAGGGAUCCCAAUGGUGAAUGCCAUGCAGGAGGAGCUGCAGCAGUCAAGUGAGCUUCUUCAAGAUUCCACUCUAUUGGGCAAUUCUUCUGCAGAUCGAUAUGAAGAUUAACUUCCAUAAAACAAUAUUGUUUAAAUGAAUUAAUAAUUUUACAAAAUUCCUGGUUUGAUUUAAAUAGUUUUAGGAAGUUAGGGUAAAUGAUAGAAAGUUUAAGGAAAUGGUUUAAAUUGUUCUACUAGAUAGUAUGAUGAAUUUAGGAUAAGAGUAGAAUAUCCCCCCUUUCUGUAGAAUACUAAGGAAUGCAUAGAUUAGAAAAGUAGUACUGGAGAGAUGGCUCAGUGGUAAAGAGCACUGACUUCUCUUUCAAAUGUCCUGAGUUCAAUUCCCAACAACCACAUGGUGGCUCACAACCAUCUUUAAUGGGAUCUGAUGCCCUCUUCAGGUAUGGAUGAAGACAACUACAAUGUAUUUACAUAUAAAUAAAUAAAUCUAUGACAAAGUGACAACCAACAGAUUGGGAAAAGAUCUUUACCAAUCCUACGACUGAUAUAGGGCUUAUAUCCAAAAUAUACAAAGAACUCAAGAAGUUAGACCGCAGGGAGACAAAUAACCCUAUUAAAAAAUGGGUUUCAGAGCUAAACAAAAAUUUCACAGCUGAGGAAUGUCGAAUGGCUGAGAAACACCUAAAGAAAUGUUCAACAUCUUUACUCAUAAGGGAAAUGCAAAUCCAAACAACCCUGAGAUUUCACCUCACACCAGUGAGAAUGGCUAAGAUCAAAAACUCAGGGGACAGCAAAUGCUGGCAAGGAUGUGGAGAAAGAGGAAAACUCCUCCAUUGUUGUUGGGAUUGCAGACUGGUACAACCAUUCUGGAACUCAGUCUGGAAAUUCCUCAGAAAACUGGACAUUGAACUACCUGAGGACCUGCUAUACCUCUCUUGGGCAUAUACCCAAAAGAUCCCCCAACAUAUAACAAAGACACGUGCUCCACUAUGUUCAUAGCAGCCUUAUUUACAAUAGCCAUAAGCUGGAAAGAACCCAGAUGCCCUUCAACAGAGGAAUGGAUACAGAAAAUGUGGUACAUCUACACAAUGGAAUAUUACUCAGCUACCAAAAACAAUGACUUUAUGAAAUUCAUAGGCAAAUGCACUGGAAAAUAUCAUCCUGAGUGAGGUAACCCAAUCACAGAAAAACACACGUGGUAUGCACUCAUUGAUAAGUGGCUAUUAGCCCAAAUGCUUGAAUUACCCUAGAUGCAAAGAACACAUGAAACUCAAGAAGGAUGACCAAAAUGCGACUGCUUCACUCCUUCUUUAAUGGGGAACAAGAAUACCCUUGGCAGGGAAUAGGGAGGCAAAGUUUAGAACAGAGGCAGAAGGAACACCCAUUCAGAUCCUGCCCGACAUGUGGCCCAUACAGUCACCCAAUUAGAUAAGAUGGAUGAAGCAAAGAAAUGAAGGCCGACAGGAACCGGAUAUAGAUCUCUCAUGAGAGACACAGCCAGAAUACAGCAAAUACAUAGGCGAAUGCCAGCAGCAAACCACUGAACUGAGAAUAGGACCCCCGUUGAAGGAAUCUUAGAAAGGACUGGAAGAGCUUGAAGGGGCUUGAGACCCCAUAUGAACAACAAUGCCAACCAACCAGAGCUUCCAGGGACUAAGCCACUACCCAAAGACUAUAAAUGGACUGACCCUUGGCUCCAACCUCAUAGGUAGCAGUGAAUAGCCUAGUAAGAGCACCAGUGGAAGGGGAAGCCCUUGGUCCUGCCAAGACUGAACCCCCGCAGUGAACGGGAUUGUUGUGGGAGGAGGGUAAUGGGGGGCAGAUGGGGAGGGGAACACCCAUCUAGAAGGGGAGGGGGAGGGGCUAGGGGGAUGUUGGCCGGUAAACUGGGAAGGGGAAUAACAAUCAAAAUGUAAAUAAGAAAUACUCAAGUUAAUAAAGAUGGAAAAAAUAAUAAACAUUAAAAAAUAAGAAAAGUAGUACAGUGAGCUUUUAUGCACUGUAAGUACAUAAUUGUACUAGGAAGAGAAAAAUAGUCUUGGAACAAGUUAAUUGUCAAAGAAAACAUUUCAUCCGAGGUUGGUUCUAAGUUCUGAAUUUUUUGAUCUAGAGAUGUGGUCACAGGUUUUGGUGUGCACCGUGAAAAGGCAGAUAAUGAACAUAGAGUAAAUAAGUCUAUUAUGAGUGUAGAAUAGUGAAUAGAUGAUUAGCCAGUUUUUCUGAAUAAGACUUCAAAAAUAAGUCGUAAGAUAGAUGAUCUGUUUCUUGGUAAAUAUAAAUUGUCAUCUGCUAAACAUGAGAGAAAUAGAGAGAGAGACUUGGCUUGCUUAAACUUUGUUAAUUAAUGACAAAAGAAUCACUGCUUUGGGUUACAUUAGAGAUGAAGAUACAUGAGAGAAAGAUAGAUGAGAAAGGUUUAGUUAGUUAUGGGUUUCAAAAGAUUACAUAAUCAAUAAUCCUGUUGUAAAUACCUGUCGUGUAAUGAUUUAAAUCUGUUUUUGAGAAACAUGGCUUCUGGUGACUGUUCUUAGGGAAUAUGUAACUUGUGGCUAGGAAGUUAUCUUUUUCUUCCAUAGAGAAGUUUGUCUUAGAUAGUAUAAAAAGGCUAAGAGAAAAAUAAUGUUGUUUGGCCUUGCCUGUUGGAGCUUGCUUCAUCCACCAAGUGUGUGAGCAUGUACCUGCUUUACACUGUCACCAACCCCACAUCCGCUCCACAGAUCACUGUCACAGCUACUCUUCAACAUCCUAACAUCAAUUUAGGUUGCAUUAUAAAUAAAAUAAGGAAAAAUAAAUUAUUUACUAAUUCAAGAUUUGAAGAUUUUCCAAUAAAAUUAUUUUAUUUCUCUGUGA